GGGGAAAUAUUUCAAAAUUUUAGCCAAUAAUAUGGAUCUGCGAAUAGUGCAGUAUCACAAAAACACAAAACUUAAAGUUGCCAUAUAACAUAAGAAAAUAGCAUCUCCAAUCACAAUUUAGUAGUAAUUUACAUACUCAAUUUAUUUUGUUCCCAAUUCAUCCAUAUAUGUAAUUAUUUAUGUACAAAUAAUCAGAUCCCAAGUUUAAAGAGUUUGAAUUAAACUGAAUAAUUAGUGGAUCUGAUCUGAAUAAUCAAUCAUCAGCAGAAAUGGCGAUGGCGAGAGCAAGUUCUGGUUUGCAAUAUCCAAAGCGGUUCUACGCUGCGGCCUCUUACGUCGGUUUCGAUGGAUCCAAUUCUCCCACAAAAACUCUCACUUCCAAGUUCCCUAAAUCUACAGCUCUUCUUCUCUACAGUUUAUACCAACAGGCUAGUGUAGGACCUUGUAACAUCCCAGAACCCAGUACAUGGAAAAUUGUGGAACAUAGCAAAUGGGCCAGUUGGAACCAGCUUGGAAACAUGUCUUCCACGGAAGCGAUGCGUCUUUUUGUGAAAAUAUUGGAGGAAGAAGAUCCCGGUUGGUAUUCCAGAGCAUCUAACUCUGUUGCAGAGCCUGUAAUUGACGUUCAAAUGAAUUAUAAUUCCAAAGUUGAACCAGUAAUUGAGAAUGGGAACACUUACCCAGAGACUAAAACUAUUUCCUAUGAAAAUGGAAGGCAAGUUGAAACGCAGGAUAAAGAUGUUGUUGUGGACGGCUUUGGUUCAGUUGAAGUCUAUGAUCAAUGGAUUGCACCUCCAGUAUCUGGUCAACGCCCAAAAGCCCGAUAUGAGCAUGGAGCUGCAGUUGUGCAAGAUAAAUUGUACAUAUAUGGUGGAAAUCACAAUGGUCGUUACCUUAGUGAUCUUCAUGUUUUGGAUUUGAGAAGUUGGACUUGGUCAAAGGUCGAGGCUAAGGCUGGAGAUGAGUCCCCUACAACUUUGAACCCUUGUGCUGGCCAUUCUUUGAUUGCAUGGGGAAAUAAGCUCCUGUCAAUUGCUGGUCACACAAAAGAUCCUUCCGAAAGUAUCCAAGCAAAAGAGUUUGAUCUACAAACAGCAACAUGGUCAACUCUAAAGACUUAUGGGAAAGCUCCGAUAUCACGAGGAGGCCAAUCAGUGACCCUUGUUGGGAAUAGCUUAGUAAUUUUUGGUGGGCAAGAUGCAAAGAGGACUCUAUUGAAUGACCUGCAUAUUCUUGACUUGGAAACUAUGACAUGGGAUGAAAUUGAUGCUGUCAGUGGAGCGCCUCCUUCCCCAAGGUCUGAUCAUAGUGCUGCUGUACAUGUGGAGCGAUACUUACUCAUCUUUGGAGGGGGUUCACAUGCAACUUGCUACAAUGAUUUACAUGUUCUCGAUUUGCAAACCAUGGAAUGGUCUCGCCCCACACAACAAGGUGAGAUACCAACUCCACGUGCAGGACAUGCUGGUGUGACAGUAGGCGAGAGCUGGUUCAUUGUUGGUGGCGGCGACAACAAGAGCGGGGCUUCCGAGACGGUUGUACUGAAUAUGUCUACUCUGGCUUGGUCAGUGGUAACAUCUGUGCAAGGACGUGUUUCUGUUGCUAGUGAGAGCUUGAGUUUGGUUGUAAGCUCCUAUGAUGGUGAAGAUGUGCUUGUAUCUUUCGGAGGGUACAAUGGACGGUACAACAAUGAAGUCUAUGUUCUUAAACCAAGCCAUAAAUCGACCUUGCAAUCCAAAAUAAUUGAAAAUUCUAUACCCGACAGUGUUGAUGCUGCCCCAAAUGCAACAAAUGCAACAAAUGCUACCCGAGAUUUGGAGUCUGAAUUUGGAGCAGGCCACGAAGGGAAAGUUUGGGAAAUUUCUGUGGACAACGCUGAACCAACAAAAUCCAAAGGUGAUCUCCUAUCAGUCCUGAAGGCUGAGAAAGAAGAGUUGGAAUCAUCGCUCAGUAAGGAGAAGCUGCAUACUCUACAACUAAAGCAAGAGUUGGCUGAUGCUGAGUCUAGUAACUCUGACCUUUACAAGGAGCUCCAAUCAAUACGUGGUCAGCUUGCUGCUGAGCAGUCAAGGUGUUUCAAACUUGAGGUGGAGGUUGCUGAAUUAGGUCAGAAGCUCCAAACCUUUGGGACAUUACAGAAGGAGCUUGAACUCCUCCAGCGGCAAAAAGCUGCAUCAGAGCAAGCUGCCUUAAAUGCAAGACAGAGGCAGGGUUCAGGCAGUGUGUGGGGUUGGCUUGCCGGUACCCCCCCUAACCCAAAUGCAGAUGACGAGUGAACCUUGGUCUAACUAGAUAGCAAUGCUUCAUUUGGUUUCAUUUUGCCAAUCUUAUUCUCAAUACUUACUUGUGUAUUAAAUUAAUUCGGUUCUUUUAGUGAUGUAAAUAAUAAGAUUUAGCUUCUAUUUGGGCAGGAAGGUUUUCCAUACAUGAGGAUGAUAGUAUGAUAUAGUGAAAGGUUAUUUUUGCCACCAUUUUUGCUGAUGACUGUAUUCAAAGUGAAUAAUACAUUAUUUAAUGAAAAUAUAGAAAUUCAUUUUUGUGA